UUCCAAGAUGACCAAGAAAAGAAGGAAUAACGGUCGUGCCAAAAAAGGCCGAGGCCACGUGCAGCCUAUUCGUUGCACCAACUGCGCCCAGUGCAUGCCCAAGGACAAGGCCAUUAAGAAGUCUGUCAUUCGAAACAUAGUGAAGGCCGCAGCCGUUAGGGACAUCUCCGAAGCGAGUGUCUUCGACGCCUGUGUGCUUCCCAAGCUGAAUGUGAAGCUGCAUUACUGUGUGAGCUGUGCCAUUCACAGCAAGGUAGUCAGGAAUCGUUCCCAUGGAGCCCGGAAGGACUGA